CUUAGCCAAUAAAAAUCCACAAUUAAUUCCUAAGGAGAACAAGUUCUGCAUCAACCACCGCCGCUUGGAGCUCGCAAUCCUGAAAGCCAUGUCUGAGCAGGAGCGAAAAGAGAUCAACGCCUUCAUCUCUUUCUUCGCAACCUUCAACCUCGCCCGACCAGUCACAACCGUCGACGACCUCAGCGAUGGCGCCGCACUCUUCGACGUUCUCGCCCUAGUAGACGCAGAAUAUUUCAAGCAAUCCAGCAGGUCCUCCGCACAGCUCUCUGAUAAUUGGGUUCUCCGGUUCAGCGCACUGAAGCGUCUCUACCGACUUCUUACGCAGUACUUUGCUGAAGUGUUGCAGAAACCUACGAGCGGUCUUGAAGUUCCGGACUUGCAGGCGAUCGCGAAGGACCGCGAUGUCGGUGCGACGCUUAUCAUGUGUCGGAUAACGAUCGCGAUCGCCGUGCAGUGCGAGCAGAACAAGGAGAUUAUCGCUCGGAUUCAGCAGUUGAAUGAGGAGGACCAGCAUUUUUUGAUGAAGGCUAUUGAGCAGGUUAUAAGCAAGAUUAGCGAUGCGCAGGGGGAUAUCAGUUUUGGAGAAAGCAGCAUGACAGAGGACGACCAUUACUACCUCAUCCAGUCUGAAAGGAGCCAGAUCCUUUCAGAGAAGGAGACUGUAGAGAAGGUCUAUCAGGCUCUUCUUGAAGAGCACCGGACGCUACAAACAAAUUACGAUGAUAUGGUUUCUGAAAAGGACGAUGCGUUGACACGGUUACGCGAAGCACAAAGGGGCAUUGAGAGCAGACGCAAUGAUAAUGCAUAUGGGAUGAUGCGCGCUGAGAUCGAGCGCCUUCGCACUGAACUCCAAAAGAGCGAAGACAAUCUUGCUAUGGCGGAGGCUGAGCUAGACAAACAUACAUCGUUGGUGACUGACCUCACACGCCGAAUCGAUGAGUUGCAGGUCAAAGCUGACGAGGCUGCGCGCCUCAAAGACCAAGUAGACGAGUAUCGUCAUGCAGCUGAUAGACUACAAAAGACAGAGAACGUCAUGGAGAAGUACAAGAAGAAACUCCAGGAGGGAGCUGACCUUCGCCAACACGUCAAGUCACUUGAGGCACAAAAUGCCGAUCUCGUCGACAAGAACGCAGCGCUCGAGGAGGACUACCGCAAGGUCGCCGCAUUCAGGCCACUCAUAGAAUCUUAUAAGAACCAAAUAAAUGAGCUUGAAGGAAAGGUUUCAACACGGUCACAAGAGGUGGAGACAGUGAAGUUCGAGUUGGAACAAGCCCAUACGAAGUUGAAGAUUAAUACCGAGGAGCGCAAGAAGGACACCGAGAUGUUGGAGCUCUACCAGGAACGUAUGCGCGAGAUGGAACUGACUUCGCAUCGGGCACCCACCACGUUGAAAACGGAAACGCAGGGGACAGAGCCUUUGGGGAACAGCGAUGGGCUGACUGAGGAAGAGCUCAUGGGCGACUCGUUUGGUCUUGAUGGGGAGCUGGAUGAUGCCAUUACAGGGACGACGAUGACGCAGUUGAAGCUGCAGGUGAAGAAGUUGCAACGAGAGUUGAACUCAGCCAAGAAGAACGAAUCCGACGCCAGCGACAUACUUGUCCUCCAGAACCUGCUAGAAGACGCCAAUAGGAUGAAGGCACGGUACGAAGCGGAUUAUAUGACUGCACAUCGAGAAAAGCUGGUGUUGCAACGCGACCUCGAGGACAUCCGGAGUGGCAAAGCGCUAGGAGAUGGACCGGAAGCUGCGAUUGCACUGCGACAACGUCUUAACGAGACGGUGGAUCAGUUGGAUUCUUUGCGGAAAGAGCACGCUCAGCUUGAGGUCGCCUUUGAGACUCAGAUGAGGGAGCUAACCAUUGCCAAAUCGAAUCUGAAUCUUGUAAACAAGGAUCAGGUGGACAUUCUUGCAUCAUUGCGAGAAUCGCUGAAGGAAGACAAGGCGGGGAUGGAAGCUGAUAUGAAUCGCCUAAAGAACCAGAUCAGGGAGCUGAACGAAAAGAAUAAGAUGCAAUUGGAGCAGGUGAAUGUGCUCCUGCUUGAGAAGGCGAACCUGCAGAGCGACGGUAUUGGUCAGAGGGAGAAGAUGCUGCAGCGUGAGCGAGUCUUUGGUGACCUGCGAGCAUCGGUCUCUGGCAAAGAUGUACCGGAGGACAUCAAGGCAAAGUUACUAGCUUUGCAUGAAGACAACGUGGUUGUGAAGGAGCAAUUGAAAACCACUCAAGAUAAGCUUGCGAAAGCACGGCAGUUUAUCAAGUCCCAGGAUAAACUUUUCAAGGAGGAGCAGGCUAAACUCGGUGGCCGUGCAAUGUCCUCUUUCGAAGAGGCUGAGGGAAGCUUCCAGACUCAAAUCAAGGAUUUGAAGGAUGAAGUUGAACGCGAGAAGACGAUGCGCCUCAAUCUGGAGAAGCGACACCGCAAAGAGCAAGCACUGAUGUCCAGCUGCGUGUUCAACCAUGGCAUGGUCAAGCUUCGAAACGCAUCAAAUCCGUCAUCAAAGGGGAAGCCCGCUCCCACUGCAUGGCUCUCGCGUCAACGGAAUCUGCUCGGAUCUGGACUUCAACGGUAGUACUUCUUCAUAAUGACCAUACUCUUUAGUUUGUGUAACUAAUUCGGAGAUACCCACACGUUCAUACAAUGUCCUUGCAUUACCACCAACUAGACUUGGACUCAUGCUGUUUGCGAAGCACCAUACAAAGUCAAGAGACGAUGCAGUAGCGAUAUCACAAAGAGUAAGAGCUUGUGGGAAAAAGGAAUCCCCCGACGACACAAGCCUGUAGUGCAGUGGCAAGGUCAUCAUGUCUCUCGAGGUGCAAGCAGAGCUCGUGAGAACAAGGGCGGCAAAAAUUUGAUAACCAAAGAAUGAGGGCGGUGCCCUCAUAAUAGUGGUUAAACUAUUAAGAACAGAUACUACACUUGAUCUAAGCCAAAAGGCCA